UGCCUUCUGAGUAUGAAGAGAAUUGCACAGAAAGUGGGUUGGGCUAUAUUUAGAGUUUGGUCCAACUCCGUGCCAAGGUCCCCCCUGCUGUCUCUCUCUUGCAGCACCGUCUCAGGUUUAUUCUUGCAGAUUCUCAGCCCACAGAACACACGAGGAUAGCAAAGUCGCUCCGAGCUACUUACUGCUGGAUCGAGGUUUUUUGCAAUUUGCUAAAAACAAGUGGAUCAGCAGCUCAGAUGAGAACUCCUUAAAUCCCUCACUCUUCUAGUCCUUAUCUUUUUUUAUUUAAGUGGAUUUUCCCUUCUCAGUUGAAUAAGGAGAGGAAACUGCCUGGGAAAGAGCAAAAAGACUCUCCUGAGCUAAGGAUGUUUGCAUCCAGGGCAGCAAUGCCACUUCCUACUACGUGAUAAAGAUCAUGAGGACUCUGCAGGACUGCCACCUGCGCCUUGCCAAAAUGACGGCAUCUGCCAGAACGUUCAGGUUUCCAGUCUGUGAUGCUCCAGCAGAUUCAUACUAUAAGAGGCACAAUUCUGGAGACAACUAAGAGGAAAUUUAGGGAAAAUAUCCCUAACUAUCAGCAGAAGAGCUCUGAACUGCUUCAGAGAUAUAAACCAUGCAUUCCAGAAGUAACAGCACCGAAAGCCCAACCAGACCAAAGCUGAGCCAGCCAAGGGCGAAAGACCACAGCAAAGAAGGGGCUGGUUACAGUGGGAAAGGAAAUGCACAAACACAGCAGAAAGAGAAGGACGAUGCAGCCCAAGCCAGCACCAUCCUGAGAAGUCCAAAGGCAGAGAAAAAACAAAAAAGUUCUGUCAAGAAAAGGGAGGAUCUUUCUCGUGAUGACCUGCUAUUUCUUCUCAGUGUCCUCGAGGGUGAAUUACAGGCUCAAGAUGAAGUUAUAGGAGUACUUAAGGCUGAAAAAAUUGACUUGGCUUUGCUCGAAGCACAGUACGGCUUUGUUACUCCCAAGAAGGUGUUAGAGGCACUCCAGCGAGAUGCUAUUCAAACAAAGGCUGAGCAAUGGCAAGAAGAUAUCUAUGAAAAGCCUAUGGGAGAGCUUGAUAAAGUUGUAGAGAAACAGAAAGAAGUUCACAGGAGAAUGCUGGAACAACUUCUAAUGGUAGAAAAAGCACACAGACAGACACUGUAUGAACUCGAGGAAGAGAAGAGGAAGCACAGCAAAUACAUGGAAAAAAGUGAUGAGUUUACAAACUUGCUGGAACAAGAAUGUGAAAGGUAA